GGGGCUCGUGACGUUCCGGCGCUAACCGACUGGAGUCGGGAGAGGAGAGCUCUACUACACCGAGAAGAAGCAGAGCGAGUGCGUCAGUACACCGGAGGGACGCUUGACAAGGCAGAAGUGGCCGGUCCCUUAACAUAUCCAGGCAAAACCUGGGAAAACGAGAGCUCGUUGUUUUUCCUUCUCAGUCAGGGUGUUUGUAGGUGAAACCGGAGCAUGUCACUAUGACAACGUUUGGACUUUCCACAGUAGCCUUCUCCUUCAUCAUCUCAGUAACGUUAGGUGCUGCUCUUUAGGUAUCGCAGUCGCGGUAGUCGCGUAGGGCUGUCAGUUGUCGAGCCUUGAAGAAGAAGAAGAAGAAGCCGUAGAAGACAGUCAUGGAUCAGAGACUUUCUACAACGAUCAGCUAGCGUCUCGUGUGCCCCUUCUUCAAGAUCAGAGGAGAAAGCGAAGACAGCGCACCUGGGGCAGAAUGGAUUUGAGUAGCAUCAGGAAGCUCAUCACUAGAUACUGUACAGGAGAGGAGAGCUGGGUGGACAGCAGGACGGUUUAUAUUGGACAUAAAGAGCCUCCACCAGGAACAGAAGCGUACAUUCCACAGAGAUUUCCUGACAACAGAAUCGUAUCCUCAAAGUACACCUUCUGGAAUUUUAUACCGAAGAAUCUCUUUGAGCAGUUCAGAAGAAUAGCCAAUUUCUAUUUUCUGAUCAUCUUUCUAGUGCAGCUGAUCAUCGACACACCAACCAGUCCUAUGACCAGCGGUCUCCCUCUUUUCUUUGUCAUCACUGUCACAGCCAUUAAACAGGGCUAUGAAGACUGGAUCAGGCACAAAGCGGACAACGCUAUAAACCAAUGUCCAGUCCACGUCAUCCAGCAUGGCAAAGUCGUACGCAAACAGAGUCAAAAGCUACGGGUGGGUGAUAUUGUCCAGGUUAAGGAGAAUGAGACAUUUCCAUGUGACCUCAUACUGCUCUCCACAAGUAGAGAAGAUGGUACAUGUUUCGUCACAACAGCCAGCUUAGAUGGAGAGUCCAGCCAUAAGACCUAUUAUGCAGUUCAGGACACAAAGGCAUUCAGCACAGCGGAGGAGGUGGACACACUGCACGCUACGAUAGAAUGCGAGCAACCCCAGCCAGACCUGUACAAAUUUGUGGGACGCAUCAAUAUUUAUUUGGAUCAAGACGAGCCCAUCGCGAGACCCCUGGGUUCUGAGAACCUGCUGCUGCGUGGAGCCACACUGAAAAACACUGAAUACAUACACGCCGUGGCCAUCUACACGGGAAUGGAAACCAAGAUGGCCCUCAACUACCAAUCCAAGUCUCAGAAACGCUCCGCUGUUGAAAAGUCUAUGAACGCCUACCUGAUUGUGUACCUCUGCAUUCUGAUCAGUAAAGCUCUGAUCAAUACUGUCCUGAAAUAUGCCUGGCAGGCCAACCCAAACAGAGAUGAGCCCUGGUACAACCAGAAAACUGAGACAGAGAGACAACGACAUGUAUUAAUCCGGGCAUUCACAGAUUUCCUCGCCUUCAUGGUUCUGUUCAACUACAUCAUUCCUGUGUCUAUGUACGUGACUGUGGAGAUGCAAAAGUUUCUCGGUUCGUACUUCAUCUUGUGGGACGAUGACAUGUUUGAUGAGGAGCUCGGAGAGGGACCGCUCGUCAAUACCUCAGAUCUUAAUGAAGAACUUGGACAGGUGGAAUAUGUCUUUACAGACAAGACUGGCACUUUGACGGAAAACAACAUGGAGUUGAGGGAAUGUUGUGUGGAUGGACAUGUUUACGUGCCACAUGCCAUCUGUAAUGGGCAGAUCUUACCUGGAGCUGCUGGAAUGGAUAUGAUCGACUCCUCUCCAGGCGUAGAUGGAAAGCAGGAGCGAGAGGAGCUGUUUUUCCGUGCUCUGUGCCUCUGUCACACAGUCCAGGUGAAGGAAGAGGAGACGGUGGAUGGCAUAAAGAGAGGUAUCCAUCAGGGCAAAUCCACCUCCUUCUACAUCUCCUCCUCUCCAGACGAGGUUGCACUGGUGGAGGGCAUGAAAAGGUUGGGCUUCACCUAUCUCCGUCUGAAGGACAGUCACAUGGAGAUCCUCAACAGAGAGGAUGAGAUGGAGAGAUUUGAACUGUUGGAGGUGUUGAACUUUGAUUCAGUGAGGAGGAGAAUGAGUGUUAUUGUAAGAUCAACCUCAGGAGAGUACUAUUUGUUCUGUAAGGGUGCGGAUUCUUCUAUUUUCCCACGGGUGGUUUCUGGGAAGGUGGAGCAGGUCAGAGCGCGAGUAGAGCACAACGCUGUGGAGGGCUUACGGACCCUUUGUGUGGCUUAUAAGAAGCUGACUCAUGAGGAGUAUGAGGAAACAUGCCGUCUGCUCAACAGUGCUAAACUAGCUCUGCAGGAGCGCGACAGGAAACUGGCUGAAGCUUAUGAUGUCAUUGAAAAGGAUUUCAUCCUGCUGGGAGCCACAGCUGUGGAAGAUAGGCUGCAAGAUAAAGCAGCCGACACGAUUGAGUCCCUGCACAAGGCUGGCAUGAAGGUUUGGGUCCUCACAGGGGACAAAAUGGAGACUGCAGCAGCCACAUGCUAUGCUAGCAAGUUGUUCCAUCGCAAUACACAAAUCCUGGAACUAACAACCAAGCGGACAGAAGAGCAGAGUCUCCACGACGUCCUGUUUGAUCUGAGCAGAACUGUCUUGAGACAGCAUGGCAGCAUGACCAGGGACACUUUCUCAGGGCUCUCAGGUGAUUUCCAAGACUAUGGUCUGAUAAUCGAUGGAGCAACACUGUCAGCUGUUCUGAAGCCGACACAGGAAGGACCCAGCAACGGAGGGAACUAUAAGGAGAUUUUCCUGGAAAUCUGCAGGAACUGCAGUGCUGUUCUCUGCUGUCGCAUGGCACCUUUACAAAAAGCACAGAUUGUUAAGCUGAUAAAAGCAUCAAAAGAACACCCCAUCACACUGGCCAUAGGGGACGGAGCCAAUGAUGUCAGCAUGAUUCUGGAGGCUCACGUGGGCAUAGGGAUCAUGGGUAAAGAGGGGCGUCAGGCGGCCCGUAACAGCGACUAUGCAAUUACCAAGUUCAAACACCUGAAGAAGAUGCUGCUGGUUCACGGACACUACUACUACAUCAGGAUCGCCGAGCUGGUCCAGUACUUCUUCUAUAAGAAUGUGUGCUUCAUCUUCCCUCAGUUUCUCUAUCAGUUCUUCUGUGGCUUCUCUCAGCAGCCACUCUAUGACACCGCAUAUCUGACCCUGUACAAUAUCAGCUUCACGUCAUUACCCAUCCUCCUCUACAGUCUGAUGGAGCAGCACAUUAACAUGGACAUCCUCAAACGGGACCCUACUCUUUACAGAGAUAUUGCCAAGAAUUCCCUCCUGAGAUGGCCCACCUUCAUCUACUGGACGUUUCUCGGGGUCUUUGAUGCCGUGGUCUUCUUCUUUGGUGCUUUCUUCCUUUUCGACAACACAACUUUCACCAGCAACGGACAGCUAAUGGCCACCAACACACAGAUGAUGUUUGGUAACUGGACCUUUGGAACACUGGUAUUCACUGUCCUGGUGUUCACGGUCACGCUAAAGCUUGCCCUGGACACACAUUACUGGACGUGGAUCAACCACUUUGUCAUAUGGGGUUCGCUGCUUUUCUAUGUCAUCUUCUCCCUCCUGUGGGGAGGCAUCAUUUGGCCUUUCCUGAACUAUCAGCGGAUGUACUAUGUGUUCAUGCAGAUGUUGUCCAGCGGUCCUGCGUGGCUCAGUAUCAUUCUGCUGAUUAUAGUCAGUCUGCUGCCUGAUGUGGUAAAGAAAGUGUUGUGUAGAGCUCUAUGGCCCACCACCACAGAGAGAAUACAGAAUGCCGAUAAGUUGUAUAAGGGCCACCUGUCCGAGUUCACUCCCCUGUCCUCCCUCCAUGCUCCACCUGUGCGGAAACACGACAGACAUGGCAACGAAAACCAGAACCACACCCAUCGCAGGUCUGACUCCUCCCCUCCCAAAAAACUGAUGUGUACCUACUGGGGGGGCAGGCCUGACUACUGCACCUUCAGCUCCUUCCUCCGAAUAGGAGAAAACCCAAGAUUCUCUGGGGCAGCUUACGCCUAUAGCGCGCCGGGGCCCGAGACGUCCGUAUGACAGUCUCGGGCCGCACGAAAGAAAUAGUCGACUUAUCCAGUCAAAUUAGCCCUCGAUUAUUCCAGAGUCAAGAUUGGGACACAAUCUUGGCUUGUUACCCUUUAUCUGAAACAAAAGCACUGAAAGGCGUUCUUGUGGUAUACGCUAAUGGGCUAGCGAUGCUGUGUGUUAAUUUAGAAGCUGGAGGAAGGCCAAACUGAAUUGGCUGCACCAUCUGCGAGUGUGGCGUACUGCGCUAAGCGGCCUUGGGACCUAUUUACCUUGUUUCGUUUGUGUGUACGUUUAAACGUCAGAGCGUGUUCCCUUUACACUGUGGGUUUACGUGUUCGCUCACCUACCCUUGUAAAUCCUUCGUGUGAAAAAUUACUUGAAACCUACACUGGGCAGUUGUAGCACAAACCUUUCCAUCUCAAAUGCAACCCCUACCACUAAAUAUUCAUGUGGAUGACAGUUAAAAUGGCCUUGGAUGAUCUCGAAAACUGACCGUUCUGUUUUUUUUUUUCUUCUUUUCUUUGUUCUUUGUCGUCUCCCUUUCCCUUUUCUGUUGUGUGCUCCUUCUCUUUUCUUGUCCUCCUUUUUUAUUUCAUAGAACAAACUGGUGUUGCCUUUGUGCAAACCUGUUAUCGAGGAACACUCCAUAGCCUGCGAUUGUCUUUGUCCGAUUGCAUUGUAAGUGGCUAAAUUUGGCCAUUUCUGUUGCUGCACUGUACUAGAGCGAACUCUGUGUGUGUGUGCGCGUGUGUGUGCGCGAGUGUGAAAGUAGGCCUUUGUUAGAACAACUACGAGAAGACAAAUUGUAACUGGACUGUCAUUAUGUCUCACCCUUUAACUUUCAAAAAGGUGGAAAUCCACUCAUGUUCCAAAGUUUGUAAAACCAUUGACUUGUGUCAUUGUGACAACCAGUUACUCUUUCCUAGCUGCUUGACGAUUCGCUUUAAAAUGUCGUAGUUCCUUACGUAUAAUCAGUCCUUUAGUUUUGUUAGCGUAGAACCAGUACAGAAUGCUAAUGGUCACGCUAGCCACCUUAGCUUGACUGUUCUGCCUUAAUGCUAAUGUUUUCCAUCUUUUACACCACAGUUUGGAACCAAAGGUUGUGAAAUACGGAGUAUUUUAAUGUGCGUUAGUUGCCUUAUGCUCAAAUAGAAAUGGAGGAAAAGUGUUUGAUGGCAUUAGAAGAAUCCCACCACACUGCCUUAAGUUGACAUUGCACCAGCUGAGAAUGGAGGCUGAUAAAAGUAGUAUCCAACAUCAUCCAGUGCCACCAACACGGCCCAGGGCUCCUGAAGAUAAACAAAAGAUAUUUUAUGAGUUCUGUUGAUGUAAACAUCUUUGUGCUUUCACAAAAAGUACAAAUUAACUUCCUCAUCAGCACACUUUCAUGAUUGUAAUGUCCAAUUCGACUGUUCCCGAAGCCUUUUGUCUGUAUUAAUGUAACUGUCGGAGCCCUGUGCUGAGUUGCUAUCAUUUCCUUGUUGCACAUUACUAAUUUAUGAUCUGAUAUAAAUAAGUCAGAUGGAAUUAGCCUGUGAUACUGUUCAUGAAAAACUCAUUAAACUAACAGCCUGAUCAAGGUCAGCAUCACAGAUGGCCUAUCUUGGCCACUAUGUUCACAGAAAUGGCUCUUUUCUAGAGUGAAUAACGCGAAUAAUAGAGUGAAUGAUUACCAGAAAACGUUUAAAAUGUCAUUUUCAUAAACCUAUUGCGAAGCGCAUUCAAUUCCAUUUCCGUCCUGUCAGUGAAUUCAAAUUCACAGUGAUUUGAUAUUGAGUGUGAAUGCAAUUCCGUUUAAAUUCCAGAUUGCACUAUAGCAAAUGAAAUGAACACCUGUUGAAUUCAAACACACAUUUAUUUGUGAAUGUAGUUCAGUUUAAAUUCCAGAAGUAACACUGUAACAGACUGGACACCGCAUGAUUUGACAUCAUUCUCAGAAAAAUAUUGUGAACUACUAUUAGUUUUAUCUCCUUCCUGUCAAUUAAUUCAAAUUCACAUUGAUUUGAAUUGAGUGUGAAUGUUUAAAUUCCAGAUAACACUGUAACAGACAGACCAACUGAUGUCUUACCUGUCUAAUAUAUCAUUCUCAUAAAAAUAUUCAAGCAUGUACAAUUCUGUCGCCAUCCAGGAAAUGAAUUCAAAUUCACAUUGAUUUGAAUUUGAAUUGUGUGUGAAUGCAUUUAAAUUUAAAUUCAAGGCAACACUGUAACUAUACAAAACUAAAAAUCAGACCAUUUGAUCAUCAAAACUACAUCGGUUUGUCCACAAUACCAUUUCCCUGCUGUCUUUUACAUUCCAUGCCUGUUUCUUUCUCAUUUUGUUUCUGCUCCCAUUGAUUCUGGAAUGUAGCGCUGCUCUUCAUCUCGACUUCUUUCCUCGCAUGCGUUUUUCCUUCGCCCGCCCUGUCAUUCAGUUCUCGUGACGAGGCCAGUCACCCUUUUCACCAUUUUAACCAUCAUCCAUGACAGAGAGAGAAAGUAGGUGAUGUCAAAGACUAUCAAAACCACCGUUUUGAUGAUUACUCCAAGCUUCUUGUGGGUAGGUGCCUUCUGGUGCUUUUUAACCUCAAUGUAUGUUCAUGCGUUCAGUUCAGUGAAGCGUGCCCAUACAUGCGUUUUCAUUAGCCCAUCAGUUGGCCUGCAACAGAGAAUGUCAUGGGUUGUUAUGGGUAUAGCUAGUUUGUUAAAAGGUUUAAGAGUCAUAUUUGGGUUAACGUUGAUGAAAUGUCACAGAAUAGUAAAAAAAGAAUGUCCUUUUUUUGUGCACACAUUAUAUCUAUAUAUAGAAUAUAUUGAUGAGUAUAUUGAUGUCAAGGUUUACAAAGGCUGAGUGGAUGAAUGGAUGGAUGAAUGAAUGAACAUAAUUAUUUAACAUGUCGAGUGAGUAACUUUAUUUCUGGUCCAAAAGUGUAUCAUUUAAUUUGUAUGAAUGUAAAAUCUGUCAGAAGUCAAACACUGUCUAUUUUAUUGAUUAUGGAGGUCUGAACUUUGCAUGUCGUGUAAUGCCGUAGUAAUGGACCAACCACUGAGCUUUAUCAAGCAUUUGAGUCAUACUCUCAUUUAUAUAAACCACUUUUAUAAGUUCGGUUCUAAUUUUCAGUCCAGUCCAAGUGAUUCACAUCUACGAUACCAAGUACUAAUCAAUGCUGGCAAAUCUGAAACAAAACAAGAAUGUGCUUUUAGAUAGAAUCUCUGAUUAUGUUUUUUUUUUUUUUUUUUUUUUUGUUAGAUUGCUAGAAUAGGAGUAAACUAAUUAAUUUCAUGGGGUUUUUUUACCGUUAUUUUUGUUUUGCAUUCUACUGUAUUUACUGUUUAUGUCACUUUUACAGUUCUCUCUGGCUUCCUGAAUGUAACAAAAAGGAAAAAAAGCCACUAUUGUGCACUAAACAAAAAACGCGUACCGUUAAUUGGAUAAGCCGUGAACGACAACUACAAACUACCACAGCUAAAAAGCUGGUUCUAGAACAAAUGUCCCUUCACAAAUGUGUUUUCUUCUCGUUUCUGACGAACUGUUGUUUUGAAUCAGAAUUAUUUUUUUGUAAUGUAGGAAUAAUUUGAACACUGAACGCUGUCUGCCUCAGGGGGUGCGUUCAGGCACUGGCAAACACUGUAUCCUGUCUGUCUAAAAAGGCUACAUGAAAUAGGUAUUUUGUAUAUCUUGUGGGGUC